AUGAUUAAACUAUGUAUAAAAUAUGUUUUUGAUACAGAACACAAUUCUCAUUCCAGCAUAGUGCCCAAGUAUUACCAACACAUCACAGCCUUGGCAUUUGCAGUAAAGGAGAUCAAUGAAAACCCUCAUAUCUUACCCAAUCUCACGUUGGGAUUCAACAUCUAUGACAGCCAUAACAAUGCAAGGAAGACCUAUUAUGCCACAAUGCUGCUUCUAUCAGCUCUGGAAAGAUUUAUCCCUAACUACAUAAAGAACAACCAGGAAAAUCUAAUUGCUGUCAUUGGGGGACUGGAUGCCCACAUUUCCAUUAACAUGGCAAAUCUAUUGAAUAACUAUAAGAUUCCGCAGCUCAUAUAUGGCUCUGUUCCAUUGAUGAAUGAUGAAACUACAGGGCAUUCCUUCUACCAGAUGGUCCCCCAUGAAGCCCUUCAAUAUACAGGGAUUCUUUCUUUGCUUCUAUAUUUCAGAUGGACAUGGAUUGGAGUCCUUAUAAUGGAUGAUGAAAACGGUGAAAGAUUUUUGCAAACUGUGUUACCACUCUUUUCCCAGAAAGGUGUCUGCUAUGCAUUCAUAAAAAGAGUCCCCCUAUUCACUGAUCACUCUCAAAUUAACCAAGUAGUAGAACACGGUGAGGAAAUAUAUAAUGAAGUAAUGAAUAGUGCAGCAAAUGUUGCUCUGUUUUAUGGAGAAUCAAAAUCAACGGUGUUUUUGAGAUGGAUUCCAUAUUUUGCAGAAAAUCCACCAUGUAUACCAAAAGCUAUGGUAUGGAUAACAACAGCCCAAAUGGAGCUCACUUCACAAGUGUUUCAAAGGGACUGGGAAACAGAAAUAUUUCAUGGUGUCCUAUCCUUCACAAUCCACUCCAGCGACCUCCCAGAAUUCAAACCAUUUGUUGAGAGAAGAAAUCCUUCCAGUACAAAAAGAGACGAUUUCAUCAGGGACUUCUGGCAACAGGCCUUCGGCUGUGUAUUCCCAGAUGCAGAUAUGGCAGAUGUGGAGGAGAAUAUAUGCACUGGGGAGGAGAAAUUGGAGAGCCUUCCAGCACCAUUCUUUGAGAUGAGCCUGAAUGGCCACAGCUAUAGCAUCUACAACGCUGUCUAUGCUAUAGCCUAUGCUUUACAUGACAUGUCCUCAUCUAGACUCAAACAGAGAGCAAUGGAAAGUAAAAGGGGACUGGAGCAUCAGAACCAAAAGUUGUGGCAGCUCCAUCAUUUCCUCAGAAGUGUCUCCUUUAACAACAGUGCUGGAGACACAGUUUCCUUUGACCAGAAUGGGGAGAUAGUGGCUGGAUUUGAUGUGAUCAACUGGAUUGUUUCCCCAAACCAAUCAUUUCACAGAGUGAAAGUUGGAAGGGUGGAUCCCAACCAAGUGUUUACCAUCAAUGCGGAUGCCAUAACAUGGUACAGUGGGUUUAACCAGUCACAGCCACUUUCUUUAUGUAAUGAGAGGUGCCAUCCUGGCUUUAGGAAGAAAGUGAAGGACGGGAAACCAUUUUGCUGUUAUGAUUGCAUCCCAUGUCCUGAAGGGAAGAUUUCAGACAAGGAGGACAUGAAUGAUUGUAAUAAAUGCUCAGAAGAAGAAUAUCCGAACACGAAUCGGGAUAUGUGCAUUCCGAAGGAAGUAAGCUUCUUGUCCUUUGAAGAAACUUUGGGGAGCAUUUUAGUCUGUUUUAUUUUUUCCUUUUCUUUGGCUACAGCUCUGGUGCUGUGGACAUUUCUAAAGCACCAUAGCACACCCAUUGUCAAAGCCAACAAUCGGGACCUCACCUACACUCUCCUCAUCGCCCUUCUCUUCUGCUUCCUUUGUGCAUUGCUAUUCAUCGGAAAGCCUGAGAAGGUAACAUGCCUCCUCCGACAAACAACAUUUGGCAUCAUUUUCUCAGUAGCUGUUUCUUGUGUGUUAGCAAAAACCAUCACAGUAGUUCUGGCUUUCAUGGCCACCAAACCAGGAUCCAAGAUGAGGAAGUGGGUGGGGAAGAGAACAACCACUUCCAUUGUGGCUUUCGGCUCCCUUAUUCAAGCCGCUGUCUGUACUGUGUGGCUGGGAUUCUCACCCCCAUUCCCAGAUGUUGACACACACUCGUUGACUAAAGAAGUUGUACUAGAAUGUAAUGAGGGAUCUGUGUCUAUGUUUUACUGUGUCCUGGGCUACAUGGGCUUCCUGGCUAUUGUCAGCUUCACUGUGGCUUUCCUUGCCAGGAAGUUACCUGAUAGUUUCAAUGAAGCAAAGUUCAUCACUUUCAGCAUGUUGGUCUUUUGCAGUGUUUGGUUAUCCUUUAUUCCCUCCUACCUUAGUACCAAGGGAAAAUACAUGGUUGCUGUGGAGAUCUUUUCUAUCUUAGCCUCCAGUGCCGGUCUGCUUUGCUGCAUCUUUGCCCCCAAAUGCUACAUUAUUGUGUUACGGCCUGAGCUGAACAACAGGGAACAUCUAAUAAGAAAUAAGGCCUGA